AUGUGCUCAGAUCUGGAAGCCUUCAGAGUUCAGGAUUCCACUGCAAUGAGUUGGUGGAGGAACAAUUUCUGGAUCAUCUUAGCUGUGGCCAUCAUUGUUGUUUCUGUGGGCUUGGGCCUCAUCCUGUACUGUGUCUGUAAGUGGCAGCUUAGACAAGGCAAGAAAUGGGAAAUUGCCAAGCCCUUGAAACACAACCAAGCAGAUGAAGAAAAGAUGUAUGAGAAUGUUCUUAAUGAUUCUCCAGGUCAAUUACCGCCUCUGCCACCAAGGAGUUGGCCUUCUCUAGAAGACUCUUCCCCACAGGAAACCCCAGGUCAGCCACCAGCUACAUACUCAUUGGUAAAUAAAGUUAAAAAUAAGAAGACUGUUUCCAUCCCGAGCUACAUUGAACCUGAAGAUGAUUAUGACGAUGUUGAAAUCCCUGCAAAUACUGAAAAGCAUCAUUUUGAAACAACCAUUUCUUCUUUUUGGCAAAGCUGAAGAGGGUUCACAUGAUUUAUUUUAAAACAGUCAAGAAUGGUUGAACUUCAGGAGGUCUCUGGGCCUUGAAAGCCAGUGGUGAUUUUAUGAAGCUCUAUAAGAUAAAGCACUUCCCAAACCUUAGAUGAAGACACCCCUGCAAUCAGAUGACUGCAGACAGAGGACAUAGAUGCUCAGCUCUGAGGACUCAGAGGGCUCAGCCUUGUGCUGCUGAGGGAAGUUUCCAUGGGGAUGACCAUGGGCUCCAUGGCUCCCUCUAUGAGAAACUACUCAUUUCUUGGUACUCUUUCCCUCUUCAUUCCCUUGGUUUGCAUGGUUCUGAGUGAUCUUAAAUGUCAGCAUUCAGUUGUACA